AACUGACAUGUGUGAGAAUUUUCUUAGAAUUUUCAGCAUGAGUACUUUUUUGUUGACUAAUACAUAGUUUCCAUGGUUUCUCCUUCUCUCUCUUCCCCUCAUUUACCUCACUCAUCAUUUUCAUGUCCUCUAUAUAUAUAUGCUCAUUCCUACUACUUCUCUACUUCAUCUUCAUUUUUCUCUCUCACUUCCCAAAGCCAUGAUGAACAAGUUCAAGAAAUCUCAAGUUCUAGUGCUGUGUGUUCUACUUGUUCUUCUUGUGAUCACACCCUAUUUACCUUCCUCACUCAGGCCAACCUACUUGUAUUUCAUCAUAAACUUCCUGAUCAUGUCACUUUGUGCUGAAGCUGGACUCCUUUCAGUUUUUCCCAGGCCUUUGGAAGAUAAAAAGCAACCUGUUUCUGUGAUGGCAUCAGAAGCAAGUUCUGAGAAAAGAGUCUCAGAAGAUGAUGAAAAGUCAGGAGAAUCUGAAGGCAGGAAAGUGGAGAUGAUGCAAAAGGGUAGCCUUUUGUUGAUAGAAGGUGAAGAUGAAGAAGUGAUGAUGGAUGAAGAAGAUGAAGCAGAAGAGGAGAUUGGAGGAGUUAAUGGGCAAGAGCUGUUUGCAAAAGCUGAGGCCUUCAUUGGAAACUUCUACAAGCAACUGAAAAUGCAGAGUGAGGAAUCUUGGAUUUAUCAGAAAGGCUUUUAGGUGGAAUGCUGCUUUAGCUUUUACAAUAGAAUAAUGUGAAUUAUGUAAUGUGGUAGAUUAGAAACAAUGGUCCUGUUGUGAGAAAACCAUAUUAUUCUUCUCUCGUUGGGUUUGUACAUCUUCAACAACACUACAUACUUUAACUUCUCAAUCCAACAUC